AAUUUUGAAGUAGCUUGACUGUAACACGCAGAUGUAUAAACGUUUAUAGUAGGUAGGAUUUCUUUCUCUAGAUAGUCAAUAUAGUUGUUAUAGCUCUGGACUGUAAAUCCCUGGAACUUUAAUACUUCUUUACGAGCCCAGUUUACGUAUUCUGAGAUAAAUACGCUGAAAAGCGAGGAGGUUUCUCCCAGCAGCAGCCUCUCCCUGCCCUAGCAGCUUUCGCACCGCUGCGCUCGCACCUUACGCGUGGCGAAGCACGCCUCACGGAAAGAAACAUACACCAUGUCUUCUGUUGCUUCAUCCAAAGAAGAUACAAUGUCGUCUGAGAAAGCAGACGAGAAACAACCUGAAGCUGAAAACAAAGCUGAGGAAAGUGAUGAAGAUGAAGAGGAGGAAGAAGAGGAGGAAGAAGAAAAGGAAAAGAGCCUCAUUGUUGAAGGAAAAAGGGAGAAGAAGAAGGUAGACCGGCUGACCAUGCAAGUAUCCUCAUUACAAAAAGAACCUUUUACAAUUACACCAGGAAAAGGACAAAAACUUUGCGAAAUUGAAAGGAUACAAUUCUUUCUGAGUAAAAAGAAGACAGAUGAACUUCGGAACCUGCACAAACUCCUCUACAACAGGCCAGGCACUGUUGCUUCCCUAAAGAAGAACGUGGGUCAGUUCAGUGGGUUUCCAUUUGAAAAAGGAAGUGACCAAUACAAGAAAAAGGAGGAAAUGUUAAAAAAAUUUAGAAAUGCAAUGUUGAAAAGUAUCUGUGAAGUUCUUGAUUUGGAAAGAUCAGGAGUUAAUAGUGAACUGGUAACCAGGAUCUUAAACUUCUUGAUGCACCCAAAAUCUUCCGGCAAGCCAUUGCCAAAGUCCAAAAAAACACCAAGCAAAGGUGGUAAAAAGGAGCGCAGUAGCACUGGAACAACAAGAAAAGCAAAACGCACCAAGUGUCCAGAGAUCUUGUCAGAUGAAUCUAGCAGUGAGGAAGAUGAAAAGAAGGAAAAGGAUGACUCUUCAGAAGAAAAAGAAAGUGAAGAGGAGCCCCCCAGAAAAGCAUCCAAAAGAGAAAAAUCUAAAAAGAUGACUUCCAAACCCAAGAAAGCUGUGAAGGGUGCUAAUGUCAAGAAGGCUGAUAGCAGCACUACUAAAAAGAAUCAGAACAGUUCUAGAAAAGAAAGUGAGUCUGAGGAUAGUUCAGAUGAUGAACCUUUAAUUAAAAAGCUGAAGAAACCACCCACGGAUGAAGAACUAAAGGAAACUGUCAAGAAAUUGCUGGCCAAUGCAAACUUGGAGGAGGUCACAAUGAAACAAAUUUGCAAGGAGGUGUAUGAAAACUAUCCUAGUUAUGAUUUGUCUGACAGAAAAGACUUCAUUAAAAAAACAGUCAAAGAGUUGAUUUCAUGAUCUGGUUUGACUGUGGGAAAUUGAAGAUUCCUGAUUUUAUGUUCCCAUGGAUUUGAAGAUCUGAUAGGCACCAGCAAAAGGAAUGUGUCUUACCCUUGUGGUAUUCAGUCAGAGUUGAUUCUGCUGAUCUAAUGCUAAGAGUGUUGAUGUAAAUCACGUUGUGUAUCUUUUUUUUUAAACUCAACAUGCAUUUGAUGCAGUUUUUAGUUGAACAUACUUAAGUUUUGUGCAUGGCAAUAAGUGUUCCCUUUUUAUAGUUUUUGUACAUUUUGAAUUGCUUUGUAUAAUUAGAUUCAUUAGAACCAUCAUAGUUUAGUCUGCCUUACUAGCUUGCAGAAGAUUUUAAAAUGAAGGUGAAAGCUGUUUAUCUGUGGAUAUACAUGCAGAGACUGGAAUAUUGCAGUAUUGGUUAUGAAAGAAUAUUUUGAAUACAUAUCCAUUCUGAAAAUAACAAGAGUUAGUCACAUGUUAAUGUCUUUUAUAUUCUGAUACAUUCUACAGAUACAGAGUUAUUCUAAAUCUGGAGUACUGUCUUGCAUGUGUAGGCACUGAGACAACUGCUAAAGCAUGGUAACUAAUUGGCAUAUAGAUGUUAUUUUUGUACUUUUAAAAGGCUUUCUGUUGUGUAUAUAAAGUUAUUUCAGAUUUCUUUUGUGCAAAUCAGUUUUUUAAUCUUGUUAUCUUGGAGGAUUUCUGACAUGAAAUGUCAUUGUUCAGCAGUGAGGCUGUGAUGAAAAGUGGGAUGCAGAAGUUGUGUGAAACUACGAGUUGAGGUUUUACAGUGUUUUUUCCCAUCUUACCUUGUACAGAAAUGAAACUGUAGUUUUAUACUUAAGCUUUUCACCAUUUAACUUUGUACAAAGACUACAGGUACAUUUGUUUCAAUGGCUUGACAUAUUAAAUAAAAUCCCUCUAAAGGCUAUAGGGAAAUUUUCAAAUUUCA